AUGAAUUCCAGGAUGAAAAGUCGAACGAGUACAUCCGGGAGUACGCCAGACUCAAAUUCGAUAACCGCCGUUGCAAGUGCGGAAGUCUCCUUUGAAUAUGCGUCUCUGUGUCACCGGUCGCACUGUCCUCUUGGUAUCUAUGUAGUGCCGUCCAAAGACUCACUUUUUAUCUGGGACGCCAUAUUCUUUGUCCAUCAAGGAUACUACGCUGAUGGCAUCUUCAAGUUUCGUUUGUUGUUUCCCCCCAACUACCCCGAACGUCCCCCAACUGUCCAGUUUAUAACGGACAUGUUCCAUCCACUGAUCUCUGCCAAUGGGAUAUUCAAUCUUGCCCCCCGCUUUCAUCCUUGGCGGCCCAAGGAACACUUCGUCUUUCAUGUCCUUCACUACAUCAAGGCUUCUUUCAAAAAGCCUGUGUUAGACAGGAUCACUGAAGCUGAUUGCUUGAACAAAGAAGCUUAUCGGUUCGUGUAUUACCAGUCUCGUUACAUAUUCCUCAUUAUCAUUGAUAUCUUUCAGCCUGUAAGCCUCUGGAUUUUGAUUUUCGAAUCGUAUUCACCUAUACCUGUCAGGUAUCAUCACUCCACAGGAUCUUUUGCCUCCCUGGCUACUCAGUCGUCACUUUUAUCACAAUCUCCGUCUUCGUUGUUUGAAAGGGAUCUGCCAACCUCUUCGGACAAGUCCCAUGGAAUGAUACUGCGAGAGCUCAAACCGAAACAGCUUCAAGAAAUGCGGACCAAGUUGGGACUGGCAGAAUGGGACGGAGAAUAG